CAUUUGGUAUAAAAAGACAUGGAGACAAAAAAUUUGUAUCAGUUUCAUUCAAACUUCGUGGACAAAACAAGUCAAUAAGAGACUCAAUAAAUAUUAAAAUGGCAUUUAAGCUCAUAAUUAUCUGCGCAUUUCUGGCAGGAGCCCAAGCACACAGUGUUUCAACAACUUCAGAUAACAUUUACCGCAGUAACGGAAAUUUAGCCCAGGUUUCAACAGAAAGUAAGACAGUCGAGACGCCUUACUCGAGCAGCAGCAAAUCAGAUGUCCGUGUCAGCAACCCAUCGGUCUACGUAUCAGCAACUCCAGCUCCUCAAGCCCAGGUGUCAACAGCAACUUACUCUAAAACGCUAGUACACCCUUACCCACAAGCUCAAUUGAGUUACCCGACUCAUCAAUAUCACCAGAGUUAUGCUGCACCCACUUAUUACUCAGCACCAGUUGCUAAGUACGAAGUACCAGUCGUUAAAUACGCAACCCCAGUUGCUAAAUACGUAGCGCAAACUUACCAAGUUCCCCACCAAAUUUAUCAAGCAUCAGCGCCCUCAGUAUACUCAGCACCAUCUGUUUAUCACCAUGAACCAGUUUACGCUGCUCAUCAAUCAUCAGCGCCAUCUGCUUAUCAUCAUGAACCAGUUUACGCUCAUCAAUCAUCAGCGCCAUCUGUUUACGCAGCACCACAGUACUACGCUCAACAUGUAGCGCAACCUGUCGUCAAAGUUGCAUACUCACCUGCAUCUGAAGUUACUCAUUUCAGUUACAAUAACGUUAAUGAUCAUGUUAAUUACUCUUGGUAAUAAUGUAACAACAAAAAAUUUGUGAUUCUUUUUUUUAAAUAAAUUUGUGAUUUUAUGGCUCUUUAAA